CGAAAGUCUGAGUGUCCGAAAGAGCUUGAGCCUGAAGAUAGAAGAGCUCCUGUACAUGUCAAUCUGAUGCGAAGGGAAGAGAAAUGUCCAGAAAGAGAGAAGCCUAAGGUUUCAUUUCAGGGUGUUGGAAGGACUCUUGGUGCUACCUCAUCGGUGGUGGCUCCUGAUUCCUCACCUGUUCCUGUACAAACCGGGGUCGCAGCAGCAGCAGCACCAUCUCCGUGUCUUGUAAUAGAUGAAACCGCUCCGACCACAUCGAUCCAGAUUAGACUAACGGAUGGGACCCGGCUUGUGGGUAAGUUCAAUCACCAUCACACGGUCAAUGAUAUUCGCGCUUUCAUUGACUCCUCUAGACCUGGAGCUCCGGUUAAUUACCAGCUUCAGACAAUGGGGUUCCCACCUACUCCUUUGGCUGAUCUCGCUCAGACCAUUCAACAAGCUGGUCUAGCCAACUCUGUCGUUCUUCAGAAAUUCUAG